AUGGGUGCAGCAGGAUGCAGGGCGUACUGCCUGUGUGUGGACUGCAGCCCCUGCUGGCCCUCCUUCUGCUUCAAACUGUGGGCUGUGGACAGACUGCACACCCCCUCAGUGCCCUCGGUGGCCUCCCCGACCGUCUGCUCCUCUCUGAAUUGUAUUGUUUCUGCCUUCUGUGGAGGCUUAACCAACGCCGACACCGUGGUGAACAUGCGGAAGGUCACCCAUCAGACCAUUAGCGAGGAGCUGUCCAAAACCGUUCUGCUCCCAUGCCUCUUCACCCUCCGCCCCAGUUCAUCCCAUGAGCCCCCCAGGAUCAAGUGGACCAAGGUCUGGGGCCAGAGGGGCUCCGACGGCCUGCAGAAGGAACAGUCGGUCCUGGUGGCCAAAGACAAUGUGGUCAAGGUUAAGAAGGCCUUCCAGGGUCGUGUAACCCUGCCUGGUUACAAUGAGAACCGCUACAACGCCAGUCUCGCUCUGUCAGGUCUACGUUCCAGCGACUCCGGUCUGUACCGCUGUGAGGUCGUGGUGGGCAUCAAUGACGAGCAGGACACAGUUCCCCUGGAGGUCACAGGCGUGGUAUUUCACUACCGGGCCCCCCACGACCGCUACGCACUGUCCUUCGCUGACGCCAAGAGGGUGUGUGUGGAGAACUCGGCGAGCAUCGCAACGCCAGGCCAGCUGCAGGCCACCUUCGCUGAUGGAUACGACAACUGUGAUGCCGGCUGGCUGUCUGACCAGACUGUGCGGUAUCCCAUCCAGUCACCUCGGCCUGGUUGCUAUGGCGAUCGCGAGGACUCACCUGGAGUCCGUAACUACGGCAAUAGGUCCCCUGAUGAGCUGUUUGAUGUCUACUGCUUUGCUAAGCAGCUUCAAGGUGAAGUCUUUCACUCCGCAGUGCCGGAGAAGUUGAGCCUGGCCACGGCCUCCACCCACUGCCAUUCCCUGGGAGCCCAGCUGGCCACCGUCGGGCAGCUCUACCUCGCCUGGCAGGCCGGCCUGGACCAGUGUGACCCCGGCUGGCUGGCUGACGGCAGCGUCCGCUACCCGAUCAACGUCCCGCGGAAGAACUGCGGCGGGGACGAGCCCGGCGUGCGGACUGUCUACAACAACCCCAACCGCACCGGCUUCCCCGACACCACAACCCUGUUCGACGCCUACUGCUACGGAGCUCACCAGCCAGCGGGGGUCCAGGCUGCAGAGGCACAGGCUUUGUACCAAACCGCCAACCCAGCGGCCACUGAAGCCCAGCGCAGUGCCUCUUUUUCCAAGGCUUCCACCUGGACUGGCAUGGUGGACUUGAACAACGCAGGAGUCCACUCCAUUGCCGGAAACAACGACUCCUCUGAGAUCUCAGAGGAGCAUGUGGUCAUCCACUUACGGCCAGACGAGACGUGGGACGAAAAACAUGACGGACCCAGAAGCAGCCAACCCAGCCAGGAGGAAGAGUCUGAUGGCCAAAGGAGUAGCAACACCGUGGGCCUUUCUGACCUCAGGAGUCCAGAGAGUCAUGGAGGUUCUGCUCAUGAAGAAGAAGAUGGUUAUUUUGGAUCAUCUGACACCCAAACAGUAUCCUCCAUACCUUCUUCCACUCCCCAGCCUCAAACUAGUAAUGGUGUGUUGGCUGAGUUUGUUAACACUCUGAUGAGGCCCUUUAGGUACUGGACUGGAGGGAAGGAGUUGGACGGGACAGAAAACAGACUGUCAAUUCUUGAGGAAAAAGCAGAAGAAAACCAGAUGCAGGGAGAAGCCUCCAGCAGAAACAUGAGUAUACCAAAACCCAGUGGAAACAAGGGAAGCAUUGACAAUGCCAUCAUGGAGCACAGAACUGAUAGUUUUUCCUUCGGGGCUCCUACUGGUGGACUACAGAGUCCAGAGGAAGGUCUGUCUGAGCAGGAGAAAGAGGUGAUGCCACUGAUUCGAUUAGUGCCUGCAGUCCAAAGCGCAGGGCAGAGUGACACCACGACACAGCCAGGGGAACGAGCCUCCAGCCCUCCAUCCACUGUUGACGAAUUCACUGCGUCAGGUCCCAAUGAGGGAUCACCUCCCAGCGAACCUGUCAACGUAUCCGGUCCUCAGGGUCCCAGAGGAGGCCCGGCCUUUGCUCCUGCCCCCAGCAGCCACUUUCGUUGGACCAUCAAGUCCAUGCGCGGGUCAAAACUAGGCCCCCCUGGAAAUGUGGCCUAUGUGGGUAAACGUCCCACCUGGGAGCCUAUGGAAGCCAAAGCAGGCCCACUCGAGGUGAUGACCCUGCCCACCUCCCUUCGACAGGACAACCCAGAAAACUAUUCAGGCCAGGGGAAAGACCAGGACGGAGAAGAUGCUAACGCUCCAUCAGCUGCCAGAACUGCAUCAGGGGAGGAGAGGGAGGUAGAGGUGAGCGGCGAAGGGAGCAACUUUCCUGCUGGGUUUGCGCUGAAAGCCGGCAGCGUGGACAGCAGCGGUGUCAAACUGAGUCCUGAAAUAGAGUCUUCACUCAGCCAGAGCCAGACUGAGCUUGUGACAGUGGCACAGCACACUACUCUGUCCCAGUGGCAGCUAGUGGAACAGCCCACCACCUCACCUCAGGGCUCCCAGGAGCCGGACACAGCAGAGGAGGCCAGGGGAGAGAUCCUCUACGUCCGCCGGCCGACUGACAACCUCUCCUCUGCUUCUUCACGAAGAGGAGAGGGUAGUUCAGGUUUCACUCCUGUUUUUAGGAAGCACAGCAAAGGCACAAGCAGAAAGGAGGUGGUGACUUCCACACCUGAAGCCCUAAUGGAGGUGCUGACAACCUCUGAGGUGACCACAGUGGAACUUCUGACAACCAGAGACACACAGAGGACGGAUCCUCCCACCACCGUGAGCAGCACAGAAAAACCUUCAUACGGAGCCACCACCGAGGAGCCUUCCAUUUCCAUUUCCUGGGUUCAGGAAGAGCCAGAGAGAACAACAAGCACACCAAACCUGCAGAGCGAUCCCUCGGCUACUCCAGCACCCAGUGAGGGAUCUCAAACAACUCCGGGUGUCGUUCAGUUGACUACCUUCGCGUCAGGCUCCAACAUUGGCGCCACAGAAAUGGAAUCAAGGUCUGCAGUGUCUGAGUCCUUCGUGGUCGGAAGUCGUUGGACGCCUUUCAAAAACACGAGCCCAAAGUCAGAGGAACACAAAGCGUCAGAGACGACAGACAACAAAGACAAAAACAACCCUUUCGGCAUUCUCGUACCCAACUGGGCCUUUGGGAUCAUCCCAUCAGUGGAGAAUAACCCAUGCCAGACCAACCCCUGUCUCCACGGAGGGAGCUGCCUGCAAGAGGGUGAUGGCUAUAGCUGCUACUGUCCUCAGGGCUUCUCUGGAGAGAGCUGCGAGAUCGACAUUGACGACUGCCAGUCUAAUCCGUGCCAGAAUGGAGGAACCUGCAUCGAUGAGAUCAACUCCUUUGUGUGUCUUUGUCUGCCCAGCUACGGAGGAGCUACUUGUGAGAAAGACACCGAGGGCUGCGAGCACACAUGGAGGAAGUUCCACGGCCACUGCUACCGCUACUUCAGCCGGAGACACACCUGGGAGGACGCCGAGAAGGACUGCAGGGAGCACAGCGGACACCUGGCCAGCAUCCACAGCCUGGCCGAGCAGAACUUCAUCAGAGGUCUGAGCCAUGACAACACCUGGAUCGGGUUAAAUGAUCGUACAGUGGAGGAUGACUUCCAGUGGACCGACAAGAUGGACCUGCAAUAUGAGAACUGGCGCGAAAACCAGCCAGACAACUUCUUUGCUGGAGGUGAAGACUGCGUGGUUAUGAUUGCUCACGAGAACGCCAAGUGGAAUGACGUGCCCUGCAACUACAAUCUGCCCUACGUCUGCAAGAAGGGAACAGUGCUUUGCGGAGCCCCUCCCACUGUGGAUAAUGCCUUCCUGAUUGGUCGGAAGCGUUCCCACUAUGACAUCCACUCUGUGGUGCGCUACCAGUGCGCUGACGGCUUCCUGCAGCGCCACGUGCCCACUGCUAAGUGUCGCGCCAACGGCAAGUGGGACCGGCCUAAAAUCAUCUGCAUAAAAUCCCGACGAGCCCACCGCUACCGGCGCCACCACCACAAGGGCAGGAGGGAGCGCAGGAAGCACAAGAGGCACGGCCACCGAGAGGGAGGGCACCACGGAGGAGAGCCGGGCCAGGGCCACAACCACGCCCGCUUCUGA